AUGGGCUUGUUUGGCAUGGCGGCGAGCUAUCUCGCCUUCUCCGUCCUCCACUUCUUCCAAUUUAUCCUCGCCGUCACGGUCUGCGCCCUCUAUGGGGUGGACCUCCAUCGCGCAUCCUCCGAAGGCGGACACCACGAUGGGAAGUGGAUCUACGCUGAGGUUGUCGGCGGCCUCUCUGCCCUGACCGCCCUCCUCUAUUUUAUACCCUUCAUCAUUCGAUUCGCGGCCGUCUGGAUCUGGAAUGCCAUACUUUUCAUCCUUUGGAUUGCCCUAUUUGGCCUUGUUAGAAGCGAGGUCCUGAAAGGCCACACGGAUAGCCAACGCACCAAGAAUGCCGUAUGGGUUGUCCUCGCCAGCGCCUUGCUCUGGCUGAUCACUGGCCUCGGCUCCUUCGCCUACUGGUGGCGCCACCGUGAGAGGCACACGAGAUUCACCGGUCGCGGAAAGGUUUAG